AUGGCACGACCUUCUCCUCAAGUGCUACCCGAUGAGGUAAUCAGACCCACCCGUGGCCCUACAGAAACAAUCGGAAGAGGCAUUCGAACAGUUCUACUUGGUCCACCAGGAUCAGGCAAGGGAACUCAGGCCCCCUUGCUAGCUGAAAGAUAUGAAUCAUGUCAUUUAUCCACGGGCGAUCUUCUACGUGCCGAAAUAAGUUCGGGAUCUGCACUUGGUAAGAAAAUCAAAGAGUAUGUUGAUGAGGGCAGGCUUGUAUCAGACGACAUGGUCUGCGAACUUGUUGAUGUGAAUUUGAAUAAGCCUGAGUGCCAGAAAGGUUUUAUUUUGGAUGGUUUCCCCAGGACUGUAGUACAGGCCGAAAAGUUGGACGCUUUGUUAGAGAAACGAAAAGAGCCACUAGACACCGUGGUGGAGUUCCAAAUCGAUGAUAGUUUACUUGAGCGCCGUAUCACUGGGCGAUUAUUCCACGUCAAAAGUGGGCGUAGCUAUCAUGAGGAAUUCAAUCCUCCAAAGGUACCUAUGAAGGAUGAUGUAACAGGUGAACCUUUGAUACGACGCAAUGAUGAUAAUGUAGAAGCGCUACGUAAACGUAUGGCCGCUUACCAUAGCAUGACAACGCCUCUGGUCGGAUACUACCAAAAACGUGGAAUCCAUACUUUCGUCGAUGCGAGUAAAUCAAUGGCUGAUGUGUCGCUCAAACUCGAUCAAAUAUUCGCCAAAAUGACUGUGAAGGACAAAGUUGCUUAUGUCUGA